UCUGUCGACCGAAGCUCCCCUAAGCCACCGACUCAUCCCCUUUGAGAAAAAUUGGUAACAAGCAUGAUUUUUCCCUUCCUUUUCUUGUUAAAGAACUGAUUUUAGGACCUAGAACCCUCCCUUUGAAGUGGGAAUUUCAGAUCUGCUCUGUUUCUUCCCUUGGUCUGUCCGCUGUUCUGCUGGGUGUGAAUCCUUCGGGAUUUUUGUUUUCAUGAUUUCUUCUCCAGUCUCUGUCGGCCUCCAUACCCGCCAGCUCGGGUUUUGGCUACUGGAAAAAUACUGGUAUGUUGAUGGCAUCUUUAAAAACAUUCUGCAUUUUCCUGCACUGUUUUGACCAGAAAACUCUGUAUUUUCUCCAGAAAAAUUCUGCAUUUUGCAGCAUUUUUCCUUGCUAUUUUUCUGCAUUGUUUUCCCCCAAAUUUCUUGCCAUUUGCUGCAAAUUUUGCUCCUCGCCAAAUUCUAGAAGUUACAGUUACUGUUCACUGCGUGCACUGUUUAUGUGCACUGUUCAUCCGUUGAAUUUUAAUUAAUUUGAGUAGAAAAUCUCAUGGAAUACGUUAGUUAUGGCAUUGGAUUAAUUUUAGUCCAGUAGUGAUGUAUUAUUGAUUGGGGUUUUGUUUGGUUGUGAGAACGUGAUGGGAAAAUGAAAAGGAAAGUGGUAUUAAUUCUUGGAAUAUUUUGAUUAGGUUCUUGAUCAUUCUGUCAGUUUAGUACGUGAAUUGAGUGCUCGGUUUUGCGGAGUGAGGUAAGUAAAAUUAUGGUAACGCCCUUCGACUUUUCAAGCAUGUUUUGAUUUGUUUUUGAAAUGGUGGCGAGACUAAACCCGUUUUACACAAGUAUGACUGAUUUGAAGUGAAAUGUUUUAUGCUUUUCAUUAAAUUGAGCAUGCCUACUUGAAAUUUAAGUGAUUGUCCUGAUGAUGUGAAAGUGAUUGUGAAUUGUGAUUUUCUUGUUAACUUUUGCCUGUUUUGUCUCCGAUAUGGUCAUGUUAUUCGUGUGCCCGCUAGUGGGAGGUUUAUAAACGCUAGCACAUGUCGACAUGUUCGUGAUAGAACCGGUUCGCUCGUGGCCCUACUAGUGGGGAUUAUACACUAGUACUCGUGUGCCCGCCAGUGGGAGAUUUAUAAACGCUGGCCAUGACCUAUAGAGGAGACGUCUAUUUCGUGCCUGUACUGUAUCCGUUUUUCGUGAUUGCACUUGUUGGCAUGCUACAAGUUUAAUUAAGGGCAAUCCAUAUU